AUGUCCCUGCGGCCUGAUUCGGUCUAUCGUGUGGGCCUUUCCAAUCAUGCUGAUUCGAGAGAAGCAAAGGAUGCCCACUUUCCGCCAAAAGUCGUCCAGAUCCGACUGACCGAGCAAGCGUUACAGCAGCUCGCCAAUGCCUAUGCGAGCAGCGAUGGCGGCAAUACAGGCAUCAGUAUCGAUGUCGAUCCCAAAGAUCCAGUCCUAGUCGUUGGCAACUCAAAAAUCGCCCUUCAUGCCCCCCUACCAGUCAGUGACGUACCAUCAUCCAAAACCCCAUCGUCAGCAGACGCAGGCUCUACCUCGACAGCUCCGCAUGAGCUGUACAAGCUCUCGAAAGAGGAGUCGACUUUGCAUCGCAUCGGAACAAUCGCCGCAAAGCUCUCAGUCAAACCCACUCGCGAUGUCUCGGCCGUCGCACAGCGUCUCAAGCAGCAAAAGGAGGAAGAGGAGCAACGCAAAGAGGAGCGACGAAGGGCCUUGAUGCAAGGUGCAUCUCCCCACCCAGCCGCUCCUUCUUCAUCUAGAGCAGGAAUCAGCAAGACGCUGGCUGGCGUCCGAGCUUCCAGCGGCUCAUCUUCUCUACUCAUAUCUCCCUUGUCAAGGUCCAGCAGCUUGAACAGGCUCUCCACUCGGCGUGAGCCCAAUCUCUUGCAAUCUACGUCCUUGUCUCGAGGCGUCAGUCGCGAGCUCUCUCCGGUAGCCGGCGCAAAUUCCCACGCAGCUGCACAUAUCAAGACUCAAGGUGUUACCCAUGGUGCUUUUGCAAACGCUCGACGCACUGACAGAGCUUUCACCGACUCGCCAAAAUUGACGGGCACCACCCCAUCGCGUGGUUCUGGCCGCCUGCCUGACCCAGACCACGCUGCUGGAAUCUCCGGAUCGAGUCGAGACCAUACCAAGCCAGUUACGACUCACGAAGAAGAGCAUCAGCAUACGGAUCGGGAUCAAACAGUCCAGACAGCGCAACUCUCGUCACCCGUUGCCGCGUCUGACGCCGUCCCGAAGAAGACCACAACAAAGCUUACGACUCGACAACGUCUCGCCAAAGCCACCAAAGCUGGCAGUCGCCUUCUCACAGCGUCUGAGCGUCGCGCGACUCCAGAGAGAAGAACAGCUCCCUUGGCAAGUCACGCUUCGCCACCGUCCAAGCUCAGUACCCCCACUAAACCCUCACCUGCCGAAGGCAGCAGUACCGAGGCAGCAAACGCCUUACUUCAACAUUCGCCGCCGAAAGACAAGACCAAGGAGGUAGCCGCUAGCAAAUCAAUGCAAGGCCGCAAAGAUGUGAACUUCAUGUCGAAGGAGGCUCCUGCGGCAACCGUGCAGGUGGUCACUAUGAAGAAGGCGAGGCAAUCUCAUACCGCCGAUGACGCCAAGACUGAGACAUCGCAGGCCUCAGCUUCGUUCGGACCUCCAAGAAGGUCAGAGGUCGAAUCUUCCCGGAUCGACUCCCCCACGCGAACAGACCGCCGCAUGCGCGAACACAUCUCGAGUGAUCAUGCCCUUGCCUCAUCUUCCUCCGCCAAGCAGGCGAUGUCAAGGAAGAGUGAAGAGGACCCUGCAGAUGCAAUACAACGCAAACGUCGACGCACCAACGACUUCAUCCCUUCCGAUUCCGGCCCUCCACGUCGUGAUGCCAACCAAUCUUCUUCGUCUGAUCCGAACACUCAGCACACUGACGAGAGCUCGGGCAGACGGAGGGAGCCGAGUCGGGACGGCUCCGCCCGGCAAGUGGAGAUGACUUCGCCCCGAGAUGCACAGACCCGUGCAAGCAUGCCCGUAUCAGCGUCGAUGCCUUCCUUUAUACCCUCAUCCAAGCGUCUGCACACGGUUGUCGAGGUAACGGGCCGUGAACCUCGGCGGUACAAGGCAGAAGCGUACCAUGAUAGGCGACGGGAUCGUUCCUACGACGAGCCGCGCUAUGACGAGUAUGGUGCUCACGAACGAGACAAGGGCGAAGGGAGAAGGGGACGAGCGGAGGCUGGCGAUUUCGGAACAUCUUCUCGCGGACUUUCUCCAACUUCUCCUUUAGCAGAUGCGUCAGCAGCAUCGUCGGUGGAACGGCCAACAAGAGGAGUCGGCCCAGGAGCAACGCACUGGUCUGAGCCGUGGCUGGAUGUGCGUUCCAAGGCAGACUGGCACCGACUUGCACAGCGGUUUACAAAGACGCAAGAAGAGUACCUCGUAUCUCGUCAGAGGCUCGAGGCCGAGAACGAACGGCUCGAACGGGAGCUGGAGCUUGCAACCAAGGAAGAAGAGGCCACGGCACAUCUUGAUGAGGUUCCGGCCGAACAAAGCCUCUUGUUCUCUCCGCACAAGGUGUCUGUCUCUGCUGCGACUCGGGGUGGUGAGGCCGAUGAUGUCGACACGAUUAUGGGCGACGUCGAAAAGGAGACGGCCAUCAACACGAGCGUCAAUUCUCGAACGCGGCCUGAUGCUAGACCCAAACCAGCCGAGGACGAUGGCAAUGAUUCGCCCGAAGAAGGCGAGAUGCGAUCGUCCGAUGACGACGGAGGGGAUUAUGCGGUCAGCGGUGGCAAUGCGGCGGACAAGCGAAGUCCAGAAACGACUUCGUCGCUCGACUCUCUGGUGCCGGCGUCGCGCAGGAGCGAGUCUCCUGACAACCUCGCGUGGCGGUCCAGCUCGACAAGGGCGGCCGGGUCUGACAGCGCUGAUCGACCGCUUAGCUAUGCUGACCUUGCCGAUCGCGUCAAGCAGCUGAACGAGCUGCACGGCAGCUUGAGUCGCAUGCACCGCGUGUUGACUGAUUUCAAGGCGAAAGGCGCUGUGGCUUCGGUCAGGUAG